GUGUGUUCAUUUUCAUUUCAUUUCAUUCUCACCUUCAUUUCUUGCUCAAUUGCCCACAAACCUAACCUCCACCUCACUACCUUCCCUUCUUUCUCUCUUCCCUUUAAAGAAAAACAAAAAAAAAGAGAGCUCUCUCUACUGAGUUGUAAACAUGGCUGAAUCGGUGGAGCUACCGGGUCGACUCGGCAUCCUUCCCUUCCGUAACAAGGUCCUUUUACCUGGCGCCAUCAUUCGUAUUCGAUGCACUUCACCUAGCAGUGUAAAAUUGGUGGAGCAAGAGCUGUGGCAGCGGGAAGAGAAGGGAUUGAUUGGCAUUCUUCCGGUUCGUGAUGCUGCUGAGACAGCAGCAGCAGCAGUUGUCCCCAUGGUAUCUCAAGGCGUGGGAAGUGAUUCCGGAGAGAGAAGCACAAGAGUUCAAGUUGGUACAUCUGAUUCUCAAAGGCUUGAUGUCAAAAAUCAACAGGAAAAUAUUCAAUGGCAUCCCAGAGGAGUCGCAGCUCGUGCUUUACAUUUGUCAAGAGGAGUGGAGAAACCAAGUGGGAGGGUCACAUACACGGUCAUCCUUGAAGGUUUGUGCCGAUUCAGUGUUCAGGAACUUAGCACCAGAGGAACGUAUUAUACAGCACGGAUAUCUCCUCUUGAAAUGACAAAGACUGAGAUGGAGCAAGUGGAGCAAGAUCCAGAUUUCAUAACAUUGUCUCGUCAAUUUAAAGCAACUGCCAUGGAGUUGAUAUCUGUUCUUGAGCAGAAACAAAAAACAGGAGGAAGGACAAAAGUUCUUUUGGAGACAGUUCCUGUUCACAAAUUGGCGGAUAUCUUUGUUGCUAGUUUCGAAAUAAGUUUUGAAGAGCAAUUGUCUAUGUUGGAUUCAGUUGAUUUGAAAGUAAGGCUUUCAAAAGCUACUGAAAUAGUUGACCGCCAUUUACAGUCAAUACGUGUAGCAGAGAAGAUUACACAGAAGGUUGAGGGACAGUUAUCGAAAUCACAGAAAGAAUUUCUUUUGCGUCAGCAGAUGAGAGCUAUAAAAGAGGAGCUUGGUGACAAUGAUGAUGAUGAGGAUGACGUUGCUGCCUUGGAAAGAAAGAUGCAAAGUGCAGGAAUGCCUUCAAAUAUCUGGAAGCAUGCACAGAGGGAGUUAAGGAGGCUUAAAAAGAUGCAACCUCAGCAACCUGGAUAUAAUAGUUCACGAGUUUACUUGGAGCUUCUUGCUGAUCUGCCUUGGCAGAACACCAGUGAAGAACUUGAGUUGGAUUUGAAAGCUGCAAAAGAACAACUUGAUAGUGACCACUAUGGUUUAGUCAAGGUUAAGCAGCGGAUUAUUGAAUAUCUAGCUGUUCGAAAGCUUAAACCAGAUGCAAGAGGUCCAGUCUUGUGCUUUGUUGGUCCACCAGGUGUUGGGAAAACAUCUUUGGCAUCAUCUAUUGCUGCUGCUUUGGGCAGAAAAUUUGUACGCAUAUCACUUGGUGGAGUUAAGGAUGAGGCCGAUAUUAGAGGGCAUAGGAGAACAUACAUUGGAAGCAUGCCUGGGCGUCUUAUUGAAGGGUUAAAGAGAGUAGCUGUUUGUAAUCCGGUCAUGCUGCUGGAUGAGAUUGACAAAACGGGUGUUGAUGUACGUGGGGAUCCGGCUUCAGCUUUACUGGAGGUUCUUGACCCAGAACAAAACAGAACAUUCAAUGAUCACUAUUUGAAUGUUCCAUUUGACCUUUCAAAGGUGGUUUUUGUGGCAACUGCAAAUAGGGUGCAGCCUAUUCCUCCUCCACUCUUAGAUCGGAUGGAAGUCAUUGAGCUGCCUGGAUACACACCUGAAGAAAAGCUUAAAAUAGCCAUGCGGCAUUUGAUUCCCAGAGUUCUGGAUCAGCAUGGGUUGAGUUCUGAGUUCCUUCAAAUUCCAGAGGAUAUGGUGAAACUUGUCAUUCAGCGGUACACUAGAGAGGCUGGUGUUCGGAAUCUGGAGAGGAACUUGGCUGCCUUGGCUCGUGCAGCAGCAGUGAGAGUUGCGGAGCAGGAACAAGCUGUCCCGCUAAGCAAAGAUGUGCACCAGCUUGGUUCACCGCUGCUAGAAAACAGACUUGCUGAUGCUGACGGGGGUGAAGUGGAAAUGGAAGUCAUUCCGAUGUCUGUAAAUAAUCAUGAGAUAUCAAAUACGUUUAGGAUUGCUUCACCCUUGGUUGUGGAUGAGGCUAUGCUAGAAAAAGUACUGGGGCCUCCAAGGUUUGAUGAUAGAGAAACUGCAGAACGGGUUGCAAGCCCUGGGGUAUCUGUGGGGCUUGUUUGGACCACAUUUGGUGGAGAGGUCCAAUUUGUAGAAGCCACAGCUAUGGUGGGAAAUGGUGAAUUACAUCUCACAGGGCAACUUGGUGAUGUUAUCAAAGAAUCUGCACAAAUAGCACUAACAUGGGUAAGAGCCAGGGCAGCUGAUCUUAAUCUAGCAGCUUCUGAGGAUAUCAAUAUCUUGGAGGGCCGGGAUAUUCAUAUACAUUUUCCUGCUGGGGCUGUACCUAAGGAUGGGCCCUCUGCUGGUGUGACUCUGGUAACAGCACUGGUUUCACUGUUCAGUCAGAGAAGAGUGAGAGCAGACACAGCAAUGACUGGAGAGAUAACAUUGAGGGGUCUAGUGCUACCUGUUGGUGGGGUCAAGGAUAAGAUUUUGGCAGCACACCGCUAUGGUAUCAAGAGAGUUAUCCUGCCUGAGAGAAAUUUGAAAGACUUGGUUGAAGUACCAGCAGCUGUUCUUGCCAAUCUGGAGGUACUACUUGCUAAGCGAAUGGAAGACGUGUUGGAGCAGGCUUUUGAAGGUGGGUGCCCAUGGAGACAAGGCUCGAAGUUGUGACAGGACGCUGGAGGCCUAUUAAACAAACAAAAUCUUUGGUGAUUAAUUUGCUGUGCCUUUUGCCACAUCCAUUUGGCAUACAAGAUUUCCCAAUGUUCAACAACUGCCUUGAGUGAUCGGAGACUGAAAAAAUUGACUUGAACUAGUCAUGCUCCAGUGAAAUAGGGUUCUAACUUGAUUUGGAGAGGCUCAAUGAUCCGAGUUCUUUUUUUGAUGAUUGGAUGGAAGUGCUUCCAAUGUAUGGCUCUUUUUUUUGGGUAUAAUUAAUCUGUAAUUAUUGAGGGAGAGCAGCUGCUUCCCUUUAGUUUUUCCACAUCCCCCUCCUCAUCUUUCGCUCUGUAAUCAUAAAUUAAUUUAUUUCCUCAUUGUGUAUAAAUGUCAUUAUUUGAGCAAGGGAAUUCAUGCCAUCCAAUUCAUUUAUAACUAUUAAAAAAAAUUGAUGUUUCUUCUCUUCA